AGUGGAACAAAGCAGGAACCCUUUGCAGACAGUCCCAGGGAGCCUCGGCAGGCCUCAGGGGAGAAGUAGGAGACGGGACCUCUACAGCGAGAGGGUAGGCCGGCUCUUGGGGGUCCCAAUGUGGCCCCAAGGCCGAGCCCAGUCAGGGUCUGGCCUCAGCCUCAACCCCUCAAAGAGCAGGUCCUCUACCCCAUGGGGUGGUCACUGCCCAAGGAGAAAGGGUUAAUACUCUGCCUAUGGAACAAGUUCUGCAGAUGGUUCCACAGACAAGAGUCCUGGGCUCAGAGCCGAGAUGAACAGAAUCUGCUGCAACAGAAGAGGAUCUGGGAGUCUCCUCUCCUUCUAGCUGCCAAAGAAAAUGAUGUCCAGGCCCUGAGCAAGCUUCUCAAAUUCGAAGGCUGUGAUGUGCACCAGAGAGGAGCCAUGGGAGAGACAGCCCUGCACAUAGCAGCCCUCUAUGACAACCUGGAGGCCGCCAUGGUGCUGAUGGAAGCGGCUCCAGAGCUGGUCUUUGAGCCCAUGACAUCUGAACUAUAUGAAGGUCAGACUGCACUGCACAUCGCAGUCAUGAACCAGAAUGUGAACCUGGUGCGCGCCUUGCUCGCCAGGGGGGCCAGCGUCUCUGCCAGAGCUACAGGCUCUGCCUUCCACUGCAGUCCCCACAACCUCAUCUACUACGGGGAGCACCCUUUGUCCUUCGCUGCCUGUGUGGGCAGCGAGGAGAUCGUGCGGCUGCUUAUUGAGCACGGAGCUGACAUCCGGGCCCAGGACUCCCUGGGAAACACAGUCCUGCAUAUCCUCACCCUGCAGCCCAACAAAACCUUUGCCUGCCAGAUGUACAACCUGCUGCUGUCCUAUGAUGGAGGGGACCACCUGCAGUCUCUGGAACUCAUACCCAACCACCAGGGUCUCACCCCCUUCAAGCUGGCUGGAGUUGAGGGCAACACCGUGAUGUUCCAACAUCUGAUGCAGAAGCGGAAACACAUCCAGUGGACGUACGGGCCACUGACCUCCACCCUCUACGACCUCACAGAAAUCGACUCCUCGGGUGACGAGCAAUCCCUGCUGGAGCUCAUUGUCACUACCAAGAAGCGAGAAGCUCGCCAGAUCUUGGACCAGACGCCCAUGAAGGAGCUGGUGAGCCUCAAGUGGAAGAGGUACGGGCGGCCUUACUUCUGCGUGCUGGGUGCCAUCUACGUGCUGUACAUCGUCUGCUUCACCAUGUGCUGCGUCUACCGACCCCUCAAGCCCAGGACCACGAACCGCACCAACCCCCGGGACAACACCCUCCUGCAGCAGAAGCUACUUCAGGAGGCCUAUGUGACUCCCACAGAUGACCUCCGGCUGGUGGGGGAGCUGGUGAGCAUCAUUGGAGCUGUGAUCAUCUUACUGGUAGAGAUUCCAGACAUCUUCAGGUUGGGGGUCACUCGCUUCUUUGGACAGACCAUCCUUGGGGGGCCUUUCCAUGUCAUCAUUAUCACAUAUGCCUUCAUGGUGCUGGUGACAAUGGUGAUGCGGCUCACUAAUGCAGACGGAGAGGUGGUGCCCAUGUCCUUUGCCUUGGUGUUGGGCUGGUGCAAUGUCAUGUAUUUUGCCAGAGGAUUUCAGAUGCUGGGUCCCUUCACCAUCAUGAUCCAAAAGAUGAUUUUUGGUGACUUGAUGAGAUUCUGCUGGCUGAUGGCUGUGGUUAUCCUGGGCUUUGCUUCAGCCUUCUAUAUCAUCUUCCAGACAGAGGACCCUGAUGAGCUGGGCCACUUCUACGACUACCCCAUGGCACUGUUCAGCACCUUCGAGCUAUUCCUCACCAUCAUCGACGGCCCUGCCAACUAUGACGUGGACCUGCCCUUCAUGUACAGCAUCACCUACGCCGCCUUUGCCAUCAUCGCCACGCUGCUCAUGCUCAACCUUCUCAUCGCCAUGAUGGGCGACACCCACUGGCGGGUGGCUCACGAGAGGGAUGAGCUCUGGAGGGCCCAGGUCGUGGCCACCACAGUGAUGCUGGAGAGGAAGCUGCCCCGCUGCCUGUGGCCCCGCUCUGGGAUCUGUGGGCGUGACUACGGGCUGGGCGAUCGCUGGUUCCUGAGGGUGGAAGACAGGCAGGAUCUCAACCGGCAGCGGAUCCGACGUUAUGCGCGGGCCUUCCAGCAGCCCGACGGCUACUGCUCUGAGGACUUAGACAAAGACUCAGGGGAAAAGCUGGAGCUGCCCAGGCCCUUUGGCGCCUACCUGUCCUUCCCUACACCCUCUGUGUCUCGAAGUACUUCCCGCAGCAGCACUAACUGGGAGAGGCUUCGGCAAGGGACCCUGAGGAGGGACCUGCGAGGGAAGGUCAACCGGGGCCUGGAAGAUGGGGAAGGCUGGGAGUACCAGAUCUGAAGGCUUGGAUCUCCAGGAGUAUGAAAACAACACGGAAGAAACAUCUAUCAAGAGCCACAAAGAAAUAAGAGGUCUCGUCCUCCGGGUCCAAGAAGGGAAAGGAGACAGUAGCAUGAAUGCCAAGAAAUGUGCAUCAGGAAAGACAUGCGUAGGGUCUCCAUGACUCCUCCAGCAAGGGUCCGAAGAGAGAGAAGGCUGCUGCCAGUCCUUGCCUUACCCCAAGCGUUCCUUGUUCUCAUCAGGAAGCUCCACUGCACAUCAGAGCACUUUAUGGACAGCUUGCCAUCUCAGGCACCUGUCUCACCCUGGUCUUUUAAGUGGGAGGGGCCAGAGCCCUUCCCAGGGCGCUCCAGACAACUUAUGGUGGGGGAAACGUCUUGUGGAAAGAUGUGUGAUAGAGGGAAGACAGCCUAGUCUCUGCAUAAGGAAGCUGGGCUGAGUCUUUCCCUCUCCCCACUUCCAAUAAAGUCACUUCCUGGUCCCUGCCCA